AUGAGUCACACCCAUUUGACUUCACACCCUGCCUUGGCUUCCGACAAGAAGCCCCACCUAAAGCACGCGCUGUGCUUCCGCGAAGAACUCAAGGGUAUCUCGGCCGAAAGCCGAAGAUUGGUGUCGCUGUGCGCCCUCGAAGACCAUGGAGUCCUGGAUGGCGAGGAGGUCAACGUAACUAAGGUCAUGGAACUUCUGCGAACAAAGAUUGAUGCAGCAGAGGAUUCAGUAGCAAAAGAGGCCUUAUCUACAGCCCUUUCCAACUUGUCUGAGGAACCCCUAGAAGCUGACCUAUUACAUUUCAUGGAGCUCAAGAAGUCUCUUAUGAACUCCUGCCUUAUGAACGUGGUUGGAAGCCUAACCGAAGAGAAACUAUUAGAGAAGUGUUCUGAUUCAUAA